AUGAGAUUGUACGGCGAAGGGGCGUGGCCAAAGCGUGCGGCAUCAAACUUUGAGAGUGCUACAUUCAUUUCAUCGGUUUGUGCCGAAAGGCAUCUGAUCUCAUCGAUAGCCAAAACUCAAACUAUGCCUCUAAUUGAUCGCAAGUACACAAUUCCCUAUUUUGGGAACUAUUUCGUGUAUCGCUUUUUAUGCACCAUCGUCAUGCCGCUGUUCACGACGGUGAUACUUGGCAUGCUUGUCUACAAAAAAUUUAGUACGCCGGUGAAUUGUGUAAACCCCGGAUUUUAUGAUGAUGGUGAUUGGUCGCAAUAUUCCAACAUUAAAUGCUGGAUAUUGGCGAAAUUCCAUCUUCACCUGGAUAUGGAGGGUAAAAAAGGCUUUAGUGAGUACACCAAUAAUACAGCCAGCAAAAUGUUCGGUUUAAUAAUAGUUUCUGGUGUAUUCAUAGCUAUGUGGGUUAUAUACCGAACGGCCGCUGGUUGCUUGAUGGAGAAUUACUAUAUAAAAACUAUGGAUAUCAUUAAUAAAUCAAAUAAAAUGGGACAUGAAGAGUUGGACACAAUUGUACUAACAAAUAUUGACGUUGUUCCUGUGAUUCGAAGUCGAUCCUGGUUACUGGUCUAUUCCACAUUUAUGAAAUCGCUGUAUUUUGGAUUUGUAAUGCUCCAAUUCUGGACAUUGAAAAAAAUUGUUGGCCAGGAAAAUACUACGAUUUGGAGCAUUAAGAUUCUGUCCAGCCGCAUAUUUUCGACUCCUUCAAAUUUCACUACGACUAAUUUUCCGUACAGUGCCUACUGUAGUGUUGUCAAAGAUCGUCGACAUUAUACAUUUCCAUGUACAAUUCUGUUCAACGAAUUCGAAGAGCUAGUGUGUGCUCUGGAUGUGUUAUGGAUGGUUUUCCUCGCUCUUCUGAUUAGCUAUGAUAUCAUUCAAUGCCUUAGACGCUAUUUCAAUCAUUCCUAUCUACAAAUGCUUAUGAAAGAAAUUUAUGGAAAUACGAUUUCAUUGCCUAUGGCUCAACAGAUCCAAAAUCGCAUUGGAUUUGAUACUCUUGUGGUUAUUAAAAAAGUGUUCGAUUUCUCCAAUUAUUUUGGUGAAAAGUUGAUGCGCAAUAUUCUGAAGUCUGAGCUUGCAAAGCGCAACAAGGAGAUUGAAGAGUUGUUGAAUGGGAAUGGCGAGUCGUUGGCCAAUACGAAUAUCGAGCAUAUCGAGAUGCAGCUUAUUAAUGCUGAGCCGAAUGUCGAGUACAUCGAGAUGCAGAUCAUUAAUGCUGAGCCGAAUGUCGAACACAUGGAGAUGAAUGUCAUUCAACCUGAGGCAAAUAUUGGCGAUGCCCAAGUCCCCCUGAGUCAUGCCGAGUUGAAUGCCGAGAUUAAUGAUGAGAAUGUCGAGAUGGCGGUUACGGGAAUCUACUAUAUUUCCGAUCGCAUCGAUAUUGUCUAG